AUGAUGAGACUGAGCCGCGAGUGUUUCUUAAAAGAAAGCUUUCUGAUUACGUUGGUUUUAUUACAUCCCAAGAAUCCCGUUACGAGUUUUCAGAUAACAAUGAACCCCUUUAGGAUAUACAAGAUCGAAAUAGUGCAUCGAGUCGACGGGAAAGUCUCAGGUCGCACCAUGGUUAAUAAAUGUUCACAAACAGAAAGAAUUUCCGUUUGUUUUUUGUAUUGA